ACAACAUUGUUGAUCGCAUCAACACACAACUUGCUUUCGUUCCACAACCUGCCUUUUGAGGCUACUGUGAUCCUUCACCGAUUCAAACCAGUCAUUCGGACAAUAUCAACUGAUGGCUGAACCUCCCCAGACUGAUGUCUCUCGUCCCUCAGCAUUGCCUACAGCCAAGUUGCUCCAGCGUCCCACUUUCAAUCAAGCUCUUGUCGAUCAAAACUCGGAUGAAUACCUUGAUACCAUCGAGGAAGAAUGGAACAAGAAACUAGACGCCGAGGUAGAAGUAUUGGUUGAUGGUAUGGUCGAUAUCGUUAGUCUGGCAUCGAUCGGAGACAAGGACAAGUUUCGAAUCGCACAAGAGUCAUUUCAGGCCGAAUCUCGUGCCGAGUCUAUGGUCCGUGCAGCUAAUUCGCUGUUGUCCAUAACACAUUCAUUGAAGUUACUGCUUCUCUUGUCCGAUGAGGCUCAAAUUGCCCACCGUCGGGAUGCAGAACUCAAGCACGUACAACAGGAAAAGAAUGAAGCUCGCCAGAAAGUCGCCGAGCUUCUCGAUAGGUUGAUGAAUCCAAAAGGCGACCCGUCGUAAUGAGACGUCAUUCCCUCAUCGUCGAAUCCACCCCGGCCUUUUUCAGUCAUCCUGGGGGAAAGUCCCGAUAUAAGUCUUCCCCGCGCAGGGUUAUUUGUACCUUUCCGGCACCUCUUUACUGACACGGGCCCAACUCUUGUCUCCACAUCUUUUAGAAUGCAGAAUGUAUCACUCGCAUU